AUGCAACUUCGCUCGGAUCUUUCGAUUCCUCAUGUAGUUGAUUCGAAUCUAAUCCCAUACGUUGACUCCCCAACUCAAGGUGUAUAUCGGCGAAUGUUAGAUCGUACGGGUGAUGAGGUCGCUCGAGCUACAACGAUUGUCAAGUACGGUCCAUUUGCCCGAUUUCCUCGUCAUACGCAUGGUGGAGGCGAAGAAUUUGUUAUUCUUGAGGGAGUCUUCUCCGAUGAUCUGUCCGGCGAUCACGGUCCGAUGAGUUACUGUCGACAUGGUAUUGGUACUACGCAUGAGCCGUGGACAGGUGAGCAAGGCGCUGUUCUACUAGUUAAACUUCGGCAGAUGAACGAUCGAACGGAAACUCCGAUAACCAUCAUCGAUACCGAGAGUUCACAAGAAUGGAAAACCGUUGAUGAGGAGAAACGACAACGGUUAGAACUGUUUUCGAAUGCAAAUACCGGUGAACACGUUUGGAUGGAAAGAUGGGACGCUGGUUUCAACAGUCAACAGUGGACUGUUGGAGAAGGUGGCGAAGAAAUCUUUGUCUUGAAAGGUGAUAUGAGUUUUAGCAAUGUCGACGGAAGUGAAGAUGAAAAUAAUAAGCAUAACUGCACACAAGGUUUUUGGAUUCGACGACCAGUUGAAUGGGCAGGAAAGAUAUUUGAUGUGAAAAGUGAACAUGGCUGUCAAUUGUUCAUUAAAACUGGUCAUUUAGCUAUGAAACUUGACGAAAUACGUUAG